AGAAGGUGUUGGGGCUAGAAGGGAGCAGAAUAGCCACGUCUGCAGUCGGGCCUUAGAGAAACUUGUCCGUGAGCUUUUCUAUUCCUUCUCGUAGGUUUCUGUUUACAGACAAAAGUGCCUUAAGUGGGUGAUAAGAGUGGCUGAAGCUGACGUGUCACAUACCCAGGUGGUUUUUUUGUGUGGUUUCAGGUGAAUGCUCGUCUUGUGCUGAAACAAAACAGAGGAAAUGACUGUACAGCUAGUAUAGGGACUGUGGUAGACAUCUCUAAAUGUGGUCUGCUUUAGUGUUAUUACGGUGGGAAGUUAUUCCAGCUGAUACCAGAGACGUGGUGUCACUGCUCAGACCGUCCUUCUGGAUUGCCUUUAUGCUGUAGUUGUUGACACUCUUAUUCAGUGGAAAGGCUGGCAUGCACCCCUGCUGGAACAGGCGAGAAGCUAGGCUCUACUGGAGCGACGUCAGAAAGCAGACAUGAGCACGGACGGCAGUCACGGCGUGGUCACCACCCCGCCCCCACACAGCGGAGGACCCGGCGGUCCGAAGGAGCGCUACUUUGACCGCAUCGACCCCAACGACCCGGAGUACCUGAGAGAGAGGAACAUGUCCCCGGACCUCCGCCAGGACUUCAACAUGAUGGAGCAGAAGAAGAGGGUCACUCAGAUACUACAGAGUCCAGCCUUUAAGGAUGAGUUGGAGGGGCUGAUCGAGGAGCAGAAAAAGAAAGGCAACAACCCCACCGGUCUUCUGGCCCUCAGACAAAUCGCAGACUUCUUCAUGUCCUCAUCCGUAGCAGGCUUCAAUACAUCCCCCCUCAGCCUUGGAAUGGUCACCCCCAUCAAUGACCUGUAUGGAGUGGAAUCUACCAGUCUGGUAAAAGGGGAGAAGCAGACUCGCUGCAAGCUGGCCAGCCUCUACCGGCUGGUGGACCUGUUCAGCUGGGCACAUUUCGCCAGCUCCUACAUCACCGUGCGAGUCAGCAAAGAACAGGACCACAUUCUUAUCAUCCCCAGAGGACUGUCAUUCUCCGAGGCCUCCGCCUCCAACCUGGUGAAGGUGAACAUCAUCGGGGACGUGAUCGACCAGGGCUCCACCAACCUGCGCGUGGACCCGUCGGGCUUCAGCCCCCACGCCGCCAUCUACUCCGUGAGACCGGACGCGCGCUGCUGCAUCCACGUGCACACGCCCGCCACCGCCGCCGUGUCGUCCAUGAAGUGUGGCAUCCUGCCGAUCUCCCAGGAGGCCUUGAUCCUAGGAGACAUCGCCUACUACAACUACCAGGGUAGCCUUGACAACCAGGCGGAACGCCACGAGCUGCAGAAGGCCUUGGGUCCCUCAGCCAAGGUGCUGGUACUGAGAAACCAUGGAGUGGUGGCACUGGGGGAGACCAUCGAAGAGGCCUUUCACUACAUCUACAACGCUCAGUAUGCCUGUGAGAUACAGGUAAGCGCGUUCUCCUGUGCCGGCAGCGUAGACAACCUGAUUGUCCUGGACGCCGAGAAGUACAAGUCCCGGACUCACGGCGUGGCCGAGUCGGGGUCAGUCAACAUGGGCAGCCAGCACAAGUGGAAGGUCGGGGAGCUGGAGUUCGAGUCUCUCAUGAGGAUGCUGGAUAACCUGGGUUACCGGACUGGAUAUGCCUACCGCCACCCCAUCGUGAGGGAGAAGCCGCGGCACAAGUCCGACGUGGAGAUCCCGGCCACGGUGACGGCGUUCAUGUUCGAGGAGGACGAGGGGGCACCGCGGCUGCCAUUUAACCUGACGCAACAGAGGCAGGCCCGCGAGAAGACCCGCUGGCUCAACAGCCCCAACAGUUACAUGAAGGUCAACGUGGGGGCUGUGGACGAACGCACACGCACCACGUGGAUGAAGUCCGAGGAGGGCGGCAACAGCAGCGGUACCCCUAUCCGGAUCGAGGACCCCAAUCAGUUUGUUCCCCUGAACACCAACCCCAGCGAGGUGCUGGAGAAGAGAAACCGAAUCCGAGAGCAGAACAGGUUUGACAUGAUGACGUCUGGACCUCGCUCUCAGCACCUAGCCGGCAUCCCAUUGGACGAACCGCGAAUGUCGGUCCCUGUUAAGCCAUAUGUGCCAUCUGAGGAUGACCACAUGGAUCCAUUGCCUCCCAAUCCAUUCAGUCAGCUGUCCGAGAGAGAGAUAGAGGAGUACAAGAGGAACGUGGAGAGGAGACAGCUGGGACUGAGCGAUGGCGAGCACGACCUAACCUCAGACGACGCUUCCACUCUCUCUCAGUCUCUGUCUCAAACUCACUCACCGCAAAUAACUCCGGCUAAAGAAGAUAACCACACGAUGCAGAACGGCAAGGACGGCGGCGACCACGAGGUGAACGAGGAGCUGAGCAAACGGGUCAGUCAGCUGACAACGAGCGUGGAGAGCGUGGAGAUCACCGUCCGCGCCGGUGAGAAGAUCGAAGACUCCGCCCUCUCCCCCGAGAGUUCGCCCUCAAAGUCCCCCAACAAGAAGAAGAAGAAGUUCCGCACUCCCUCCUUCCUCAAGAAGAACAAAAAGAAAGAGAAGACUGAGGCCUAGAGAUGGAGGGAUAAUAUAGCCUAUAUACAAUACAGUUAGAGGAAAUACAAGAAAGAGGAGACUGAGGCCUAGAGAUGGAGGGAUAAUAUAGCCUAUAUACAAUACAGUUAGAGGAAAUACAAGAGUGGCAGCACCCACUUAUAUUUUUCCCCCAUGUUUUUAUUGUUAGGUUUUUAUGUCCAAUGUUGUCUUAUUUUUGGUUUUUAAUUUAAUUUUUUUAACAAAUGGUUCUUAAAAAAGAAGUGCUGGUUGGAAAAAAGUCACAUAUUGAGUUUCAUCUCACUCUGCUUAAUAGUUCAGCAUCAUUGUUUUUGGAAAGGCCUGGGUUAAAAUUAGUACGUUCCAAGGAAUAUAGGUAACCAGAUUCUGUAGAACUAGGUCCUCCCCCAUGUUCAAUAUUCGCUACCAUUGGCACAUAGUGGAUUUUGAUUAUGGAAUUAGAAAACAGCCAAUCAUAUUCCUUACUUCAUUAUGACCUGCCAACACUGGCAGGUCUAGUUAUGCGUCAGUGGUAUUUUAAAUGGCAGUGUGACUACUAGCUAACACCUAGCUAGCGUACAGAAAACCUUUAAGCCCUUAUGGUAAUCAUAACAACUACCAUGUUAUUAUUUCUACUACUCUGUCAUUAAAUGAGGUCUGCUUUUUAAAUAUGUAGGGAAUGGCCACAUAAUGUAAUUGUCACACUGGAAUACUGGUUUAGGAUGGUUUUGAAGUUACAGGGUUUAAUUUUUUGUUGUUCUUUCAACCCACUCUAGCUUUUUGAGUUUGUCUGUUAAUCCUGCUUCUCUACUUUUGCUUCUGUCUUAUAUCCUUCUUUCUUUUAUUUGCCCUCUUUCCGCUCUCUCUGUUGAAAGUGAAACAGUAUUUACAGUACCUAUCUAUUGGCUAGCUAGAUUAUUGAACUUCACCUUUUUUGCUGACAGGUGCUGAUUCACUCUACUCAUAGCAUUUUUUCAUGGUCAUUCUCUUAAUGAUUUCAUUUUUUUGCCAAACUAAAAGGAAGAAAGAAAAAAACAAUCACGUUUUAGUGAAGAAUUAUCAUUUAUAUGCAUUUUAAUCUAAUUUAGAUUCAUAAACACACAAGUCAUCUCAUGAAAUAUUUCUUUGGCGUAUUUUCUUUUUCUUUUCUUUUUUUUACUGAAAACUAUUUGGUUUACCAGCUUCACUCAGUUUUGUACUCCUUUCUAUACUUUUACAGAGAAAAACACAAUGUUUAACAUGUUUUGCAAGAAUCCAAAUUCAUAAGUUGAUCUAGGUUACUGUAGGGUUGGCUGCAGGUUUCUCUCAAAUUAUUUUCUUGUUCCGAUUACUAAAAUACUAUAUAACUGAGAUAUAUGAAAACUGGAUAUGUUGGGUAUAGAUUUUUAACUAUAUAUUUUUUAUUUCAUUGUGCUGCUUUUACUGUGCUAUUUCUAGAACACUUUGUAGUGGUUUCACCAAUGAAGGAGAUUCUACAGUCAGUGGAAGGUUGAGGUUCAUAACCAGGUAGCCUGCAUAGGAUACAAUUACGGUGGAGGAAAAUGAGUCCUGUCAGAAAAUACUUUGUGUCACGCUUACAUUUGGCCCUUGACCAUGGUUCUGGCGCCGUUUUUACUGUGGAGUGUAUUUGAUGUAUGUUUCGCUUAAAGCCAUACUGUCAUUUCUUUCUCGUUUUAGUCACAAGACAAAGUGUCAGAAUGCUGUCCUGCCGGCUCGGGUUGUCAGAAUUAGCCGGAAUGCUACCAGGACCGUCAUUAGGCCUCUAAUUCCCCUCUUGAGUCAGCCUUAUGACUGCUCAUAAAGCAGCUAAGUCACCCGUAUGACCAGCUCAUUUAGCAGCCUGUAAGUCGUGGUUGUUUGCAUAGCCACUAGAGCGACCUGGAUGCCUGGAAAUGAUACCACUGGCAUUAAUGUGACAGUGCUGACUUAUCUCAACUGGCACUCCUUAAGUCCUUCUGAAGUCAGAAUUCGAGAAAGUGUGAAGAAUAUCGACUUCAAAUUGUCAUCUCCUUUUGUAUUUUCAUCUCUACAGCUCCUCUCAUGAGGUUGUCAGUCGAGCAAACUGGAUGCCGUGUGGUUCAUUCUCCGGAGGAUAAAAGUCACGAAUGGGGAGUUUGACCUAGAGUUUGUUUGACCUGUUGUUGACCCCAUUUUAUAAGCCAAAGUUGGUCGCCACGCCACACUCGCCCGUGAAUUAUUUUAUUAUAUAGUUCAUAUACCAGAUGCACCAAUAUCCCAGCUAGCAAUGUGAAGUAUAGGAUUUGGAACAUAGAGAUAAGAAUGAAGACCGAGGAUGGAGCAAAGGUUGAAGAGAGGCCCAUUUAGCUGUGUAAAUAGUCCUAGCAACUGUCGUUAGCUUUUUGGUAUCACAGUCACUUGGAAAGCUGGACAAAUUAGUGAGUUUUCCAGUGGUCAAGUGUAUGUUUUUUGGGGAAGCCUAAGGUUUACUGGGAGACUCAAAUGACAAUAAUACAUUGUUUUAUUAUUGCUCAAAAUUUUACUGAUUUUCAUACCAUACCAGUUCUCCUUUUCGACAAAUUCCUUCAUUUCCGUCUUUCCAUUUGUAUUAGAGAGAUGUUUUCAGUUCACUCUUUUCUGUGUCCUGUCUACCAGCGUUCGUCUUUCUUAUUAAACAUUUACGGUUUUAGAUUUUACCAACCACUCUCAGAUUAAUCAAAUGUGCAUUUGCAUUCUGUUAUUCCUUCCUUUCUACCAAUGGAGUGCACAUUGUUUUACUAACUAAUGCCUAGACCCCUACCCUCCAUUCUUUUCAGUUCAUUAAAGGAAAAGAAAAUAAUUGCUUUGGCAUGCAAGCAAUGAGCCAAACCUUACUGGUGACCUGUGAACAUAGACCCACCCUAUUAUAAAUGGUUCUCUAAUGGAGUUGCUUUUAGAUGUAUUGCUAAUCAGUGUAAAUUCACGAAAUAAAACUGUAUUUUAAGAAACGGAUGCUUCAUUUUUUCCCCCUGUGAUUUAAGCGCCUCAUCUUCAGUAGCUGGAAUAAAGUCAUUUCAGAUUGGAUUUCA